AUGUCGUCCUCGGAGCUCACUCUCGGUCGGACGAUCCAGCUCGCCGAUGAUCGCCUAGGCACCAUCCGAUUCAUCGGCCGCACCCGAUUCGCCCCUGGCCUCUGGGUCGGUGUCGAGCUUGAGGACGCUACCGGCAAGAACGAUGGCAGCGUCAACGACGUUCGCUAUUUCGACACCACCAUGGGCCAUGGUAUGUUCGUCCGUCCCAAUGCGCUGAAGCUGCUAGUUGGUCCGCCGGCGCCCUUCAUGCCCGUGCCUCCGGCCGAGAAGAAGAAAUCGACGGCCCGACCGACCAGCAUCGGCUCCAACGCCUCGUCCAGGGCCGCCACGCCUGCCGAUUCCGGCCUCGCCAAACGGAUGAGCCUGAACGCCCGCAGUCCAACUCCCGGCCAACGCCAAUCUCGUCCGGCAAGUGGCGUCCCGUCGCCGACUAAGCAGCUCACCAACCCACCCUCGCGUGGCACCUCCUCCCAGUCCACCAGCCCUCCCAAUGGCCGCCCCGGUUUUGGAUUGAACGCGCCCCGCGCCUCUCUCCCCGGGUCUCGACCUUCGUCCAUUGCGCCCCCCGCGGGCAGACAGACUCGCCAAGCACCCCUGUCUGCCCCCGGACUCAAACCCCCCACCACCGCUACCCCCAAAACCACGACCGGUCCCGCCCGCACCCUCGCCGGUCGCUUGGCGCCACCCACCAAGACGACCAUCUCACGCCCUUCGGGGCUCAAGUUGCCGCCGGGCUCCCGGCCGACUGUCGCCAAACCCCGCCCCACUGCCAACCGCAAACCCUCCGGUGGCAGUCCUCCCUCCUCCGCCAAGUCGACCGACGAAGAAUCCGACCAACCUGCCGCCUUCUCUGUCCCAGUGCAGUCGAGGGCCCUCGCCAUCGAGAACCGAUCCGAUCCGGCCAACAACAAGACUUCCAUCGACGACGCUGGCGAGCCUGCCCCGAACGCCAGUACCUCCGCAGCGCUCAAGGAGAACGAGGAACUCAAGGCCAAGCUGCGUGUGUUGGAGAAGAGGCGGAGCGAUGAUCGGGAGAGGCUCAACACGCUUGAGAGGGUUCAGGGCGAGCGUGACCGCUUCGAGCGGAUCAUUCAGACCCUGCAAGUCAAAUACCAGCCCCAACAGCAGGAAAUCACUGAUCUCAAGCGGCAGUUGACCGAAGCGGAGACCCGUCUCCGAAACGUCGAAGACAUCCAGCAAGAACACGACUCGGCCAUGGAGCUCGCCACUCUCGACCGCGAGAUGGCGGAGGAAAUGGCCGAAGUCUACAAGACGGAGCUCGACGCGCUCAAGAAGAAGAAUGAGGUGUUGGAGCGGGAGGUCGAGAUCUACCGAGAGGAGGAGGACGACACCAGCUCCGAAUUUCCCGCCGACAUCCCGCCAAGCAAGGAACUGCUCCAGUUCCGCAGGGACAGAGAACGCUUCCACGAAGCCCUCAUGCGCCUGAACGAGUUCUCAGAGAAGCAAGAGGAGGAGCUGGAGCAUUCUCGCAAAGCUCUGAAGGCCGAGAUUGCUGACAACCAGGCUCUCAGGGAGAAAAACGUGGCCCACGCGGCCGACCUCGCCCGGCACCAGGUCAUCAUCGACGAUCUUAGGGAACAGCUUGAUAACGCCCACGGUUCCGACGACAUCAUCGAAGCCUUGACGGAGCAACAAAUCGCGCACCUUGAGGAGAUAGAAGAACUCAAGGCCACGGUUUCCAGCUUGGAGGAGCUUAAGGACGUCUCAGAUGAGCUGGAAAUCAACCAUGUCCACAAUCAGAGAGAACUCCAGGCUGAGAUUGACAAGCGUGAUGCAGUCAUCUCCGAGCAAGCCCGCCACGCGGCCCUCCAACAAAAGUCCAUCGAGGACAUGGAGUACACCCUCUCGAGAUUCCGUGACCUCGUCGCCAGCCUGCAGACCGACCUCGACGACAUGCGUGCGUCCCAUGCGGUCACGGAGCACGAGUCCGAACAACUCAACACCCGCUCCCGAGCCAUGCUCGAUCUCAACCAGAAACUUCAACUCUCCGCCGCCAAGGCGCAGGUCAAGACCAUCGACUUGGAGCUUCGGCGGAUGGAGGCGGAGGAGGCUGCACAACAUCUGGAGGUCGUCACUCAAUUUCUUCCAGCUGCCUACGACAGAACGGAGUCCUCGGUCCACGCCCUUCUUCGCUUCAAGAGGCUUGCCUCCAAAGCGGCCAUCAUCAACAAUUCCCUCAAGGAACGCAUCAACCUCCCACCACUUCCCGGCCACGAGAACGACCUCUUCGAGUCCUGCGAUGCCAUCGACAAGCUCACGUGGGUCUCAUCCAUGUGCGGUCGGUUCGUCGAGUCGAUCAGCCAUUGCUCCACGUCGCAAUUCGAUCGGUAUCGGGGCGCCCACCCCGAGCUCGAGCCGGUCGAACGCGCCCUCAACGGCUGGAUCGAAAACCUUCGCCACGACGACUUCCAGCCCAAGCAGUGUUCCGAAGAACUCCAGCGGACCAUCACCUUGAUGACCCAUCUCGGUGAAGUCCACAUCUCCAACGACCUCCCCAGUUUUGCUGAUGACAUCUUCAUGAAGACCCUGCUGAUGCAGUCUUAUCUUGAAUCAGCUGCCACGACCAUCACCGCCACCACGGCAAUGGUCCAACACGUCGUCCAGGACGAAGACGAGCUCUCCCACCAGUUUGCGAAACGCACCCAAACCAUCAUCACGCAAACUAGGAGCGCCAAAGUCAUCGCCGGUCGCGCCGUCCUCCACCUCGCCGACCUCAAGGCCGCCGGUCUAUCGCUCUCCCCCGAAGCGCUCGGCGCCUUCGAGCGAUGCGAAACGACGACGGCCGACCUCGCCAGCAUGGCUCGCAACAUCGGCUCCGACCUCCACAAGUUUCUCCACGACGAAGCGAGGACCGAACCUUACACCCUUUCCGACGUCCAAGCAUGCGCCAAAACCACCAUCGAGACCGGCUUCGGAUCCGACGAGUCCGGUCUUUUCGCGACUUACAUGGACAAGUUGCUCGCCGUCACUUCACAACUUUCAGACCUUGUGUCCCUCAGCAGCAAGGUCCACCUUGCUCAGGAGUGUGAACGUGGCGACGCGCCUUGGAAACUGCUAAGUCAAGAAAUCAAAUCCCUCCAAAAGAUCCCCGUUGAAGUGGAGGCCGAGUGCAAACGCCUCAAGGAUGACCUCGCUAAUGCCCGCCGCACGGCAGCCAUCCAAGAAGAAACCUUGAGCACCGCAAACCUCAAGAUCGAAACGCUCGAGUCCCGCAUGCGAGACGCAAAGGAGCAGAUGGCCCGGAUCGCCGAUCUCGAAGCGUUGUGCGACGCCGCCUCGGAAAUGCGCGAUACGUUUGUCGAGAACCUCGACAAGCAAGAUCGGGAGCUGAAGGCCCUCGAGGAGGACAGGGACAAAUGGCGACAAAUCGCGAGCAGCAGUCGGGCGAUCGCGGGCGGAUCCGAGGAAGCAGACCAAGCGAGACUCGACCGCCAACAAUCCGAUGCCCACCAAAUCGACAAAAUGGGCGAACAAAUCAACAACCUCCAGGCCGGCAUUCGCUGGCUCCAAGAGGACAACCUCCGUGCGAGAGCGACCGAACAACCCAAUCACGACUGGCUCGCGGAGCCACUCACCAAGACCCCAACCGCCGUCGAACAACGCAAAUCUCUCGCAGCCAACGAGGGCAGAGCUGUCCUUGGACAACUGCUCAAUUUGGCCGGCAACGCCAAAGUUUUCGACAUGUCGACUUUGCCGGCAGACAAGACCGGGUGGAAACCCGCCAAAAGCACGCCCCAGUACCACGCUGCCGACCAAGCCGAGACCUUUGGGGCAUGGAAGGAAUGGCGGGCUGCGGCCAUUAGGAAUGGAGGAGCUCUCGGGGCGGAGGGUUCGAGGGGGGGGAGAUCGAUGUAUUCUGGGAGAUUGGAGAUUGUUCUGCCGGUGAUCGACAAGGAGGAUCAGGGGCAGGAAGGGGCGGGGAUGGGAAAGGGGAAGGGGAAGGCGAGGGAGAUUUGA